UGUGGGCUGUAUCUUAUUGGUCUUACUGGGGGGACUGCCAGUGGGAAGUCAUCUAUUGCAAAAAGGUUGUCUGGACUAGGUGCUUAUGUAAUUGAUUGUGACAAACUAGGUCACAAAACAUGGGAAAAGUGUUUACAAAAAAGUUUUCAAGAAUUUGAAAAAGAUGUACUGUUGAAAGAAAAUGGAGAAAUCAAUCGAAGGGCAUUGGGUAGUAUUGUAUUUUCAGAUAAAACUAAGCUAGAGAGACUGAAUGAGAUAGUGUUGCCUGAAAUAUGGCGGCUAGCAAUGAAAGAAGUUGAUACAGCGGGAAAGGAGGAUAUGGAGCAUAAUGUACAUGGACUCAUUCUUAUUGUAAUAAAGGAUACAUGGUGUGUGUUCUUGAUGCUGCUGUACUGCUUAGAGCUAAAUGAAACACUGGACUGAAUGAGGUCUGGGUCUCCAUUGUUCCUGUUGAAGAGGCUGUGAAGCGUGUGAUGAA